CUAAAACAGUCUGUGACCUGUCCAGAAUUCUUCUCGUUUUCAGCCAUCGUUUGUUCCUUCUUCUGGAAGAAACCGCUAGUCAUGCACUGAACUGAAUGGUAGUUCUCUAGUUGAUCCAGAAAAAAAAAAAAUCAUUCUCGAAUUGAUUUGAUUUGAUUUGGUGAGUUGAAAGGCGGGGUUAUAAUGAGUCGGAAGGCGAGUCAAAAGAGCAAGCUGUUUGACAUUUUUGACUUCGCCGACGAGGACGAGAGAGUUGAGAGGGAGUCCACCGAGAUUCUAGGAAGGUUUAAGAAACCUAAAAGAUGCCGCAAGGCACCUUUUCCUCUCAACAAAUACAAGUUUCUUCAGCGCUUUACCCGGCAAAAUGAAAUUAGCAACAGAGCAAUUGAUCUUGACCUCGAAGUAGCGGAUUGCAGCAGGGCCAAGCGAAAGCAAAUUAGCAAUCGGCCAAUUGCUCUAGAUUCUGAAGUUACAGAACCUCAUUUUUUACAAAGUCGCAAUACUUGGGAAAAGAAAAAGUUUGAUGGACCAAUUGAUGUCGACGCUGAAGAAGUGCAAGCAACCAAGACUGCACAAAAGGGCAGUGUUACAGGUCGCUCGGUUGCUGGUGUUACAGGUCAGCAAUCCACCUUUCCUGCAAACUGUCCUAAAAACAUGAGAGAAGAGGAGAUUCUUGACUUGGACACCCCGUUGUGGUCUUUUUCUUCAAACUAUGAGAAUGAGCGAGUUGGUAUGAUUUUAGAUGAUGAUAACUGGAUCAAAAUGAAUUCUUCAUCACCUUCUGCUUCUUCUCAUGUAGAGUAUGGAGAUUCUCCAGAGGAGCAACUUUCAGUUCAUGAUUCUGAUGUACAUGAAAUUGAAAAAGAAAAUUUGAAAGUUGUCAUUUCCCCUGAUUUUAUGAUGUGUAGAGGUAUGUAUUGCACAGAGGGUCAGUUAACUUUUUCAAAAACGUUCCUCAAGUUUGAGGGCUUGAGUGUGAAUGGGAUAAAGAAUAAAUUUAGUUUUAUAUGGACUCUCGGUGAUAUCAUCAGUAUUGAAGCAGAAUGGUGUGAAAAGGUUGAGACAGCCAUCAUGAAUCUUGUCCUACAAUCAAAGAACUUUGGAAGAGCUGGAAAUGCAAAUGAAACUUCAGUCAUUGAGUCGUUGAAGUUUUCAGUUUAUGAUCCUUGUUGGUCUGAAAGGCAGGAAGCAAUCAAAUCAUUGAGUGUGAGAUACAAGGAUAUAUGGAACACUCUUUCUGACAAAAAUAUAGAAAAUGCCUUCAUGGGACAGAAUAGCAGUUUUCAUGAAAAUUUUAAAGAAGUAAUCUAUCCGAAAGGUGAUCCUGAUGCUAUUUCAAUUAGCAAGAGAGAUGUGGAACUUCUUCGCCCAGGGACAUUCAUCAAUGAUACCAUCAUUGACUUCUAUAUUAAAUAUUUGAAGAAUAAUAUUCAACCCGAGGAACAACAUAGGUUCUACUUUUUUAAUAGUUUUUUCUUUUGCAAACUUGCUGAUCUGGAUAAAGGUUUAUCUAGUGCUUGUCAAGCCAGGGCAGCAUUUCAACGUGUUCAUAAAUGGACAAGGAAGGUGGAUAUCUUUGAAAAGGAUUACAUUUUCGUUCCUGUAAAUUACAGUCUUCAUUGGAGUCUGAUUGUCAUCUGUCAUCCUGGUGAAGUGGCUAAUUUCAAAGAUGAUGCAAGUGAAAAAUUACUUAAAGUCCCUUGCAUCUUGCACAUGGAUUCAAUCAGAGGAAGUCAUAGGGGCCUUAAAAAUCUUUUCCAGAGUUACUUAUCUGAAGAGUGGAAACAGAGGAAUAGAGAGGCAGCAGAUGAUGUUGCUUCAAAAUUUUUAGAUCUACCGUUUGUCCCACUAGAGCUUCCACAACAGGAAAAUUCAUUUGACUGUGGCAUCUUCUUGCUGCAUUAUGUGGAACUCUUUCUUCUUCAAGCACCAACUAACUUCUGCCCUUUUAAGAUAACAAGAUCCUCCAACUUUCUUAAUAUGAAUUGGUUUCCACCUGCUGAGGCUUCUUUGAAACGCUCUCAUAUCAAAAAGUUAAUCUAUGAAAUCCUGGAGGAACAAUCCCACAGUUCCACGUCAGCUGAUUGCAUCUAUAAAUACUCAUCCUCCCUCUUACCCGACCGAAGUGAACAAGAAACUGGAGUACAAUCUAUCGAGCAGAUUGGCAGUUCUUCAGAAACAUGUCAUGAUCAUUCCUCAAAUUCCAACAUUAUGGAGGGGUCUAACAAAAAUUCCAACAUUAUGGAGGGGUCUAACAAUUUUGCAUUCUCUGCUGCAUCCCAUACGACAGUUCUACAAGGCCUUAAAGCCUCAGUAUUGGAAAUUUUUGAUUGUUAUGAGGUGGGAAUAUGUGGGGGAUUGCUCUCCCAUGGAAAUUCUCAGCAGAUUAAUACACUUAGUCAAAGAAACGCUAUGUCACCUAUAGAGGAAACAGAAGAGACAAGUGAAGAAAUUGCUGCUGAUUCGCCCCCAGAUCUAGAUGGUCAGCAAGUUGCUGGAUCGGUAACUGAACCUUGCUUAUUCAUGAGAUAUCGUAGGAAUGACGUUAGAGUAUUAAGAACAUCAUGGAACCAACAGAAGCCAUUGCAUUUCAAGGAUUCAGCUUUCAACAAGUCGAGUGAUUCUCUGGAUUCAUUAGCGAUAGUGCUAGAAGAUACUCAACCUCUUCCAGAGUUUGAGGUAUCCUCCCAUGUAGGGGAAACUGAUAAAACUGUAUCUUCCUCGACCUCAAAUGAAGGUUACUCUGAUUGUAUUGUUGAAGAUUCUCAAGAGUCGAGUGGCAUGCAUGACGACAUUGAGAAUGCAUGUUCCCCUUUCUACUUUCAUAGGGGUAUUUCUGCUCUAUCCCAUCAACAGGCAGAUUUGACUGCUAAAUUUGAUCUUAAAGAAAAUUCCAUACUAAAGAGUGAAGGAAGGCGAUGAACAACCAGUCACAAAAGUUCCAGAGGCAUAUACUUCUUGGUGUAGGAAAGCAUGAAGCCUUUUGAAAGAAUUGCAUUUGUGAUGGCAUUGCCAAUGGUGUUGUUAGCACCAAAAAAAAUGUAGAUUGAAGGGCUGGUAAACUGUGUCCAAAAGGCAAAAGGAGGAGUUAAAACUGUUUCUGGUGGCAACUUCUUGUAAAUCGUAAAAGGGUACUAGUUUUCCAAAAGUGGCAACUCCUGAUAAUUACUACUACUAUAUCAUGUUUUAUUCUUGUACGAAAUGAAUACCUUUUUAGAUUACUGAUUUCUGCCAUGGAGUUGUUUGAUAUUGAUUCUGGAGUUUACAGUUUAUACCAAUACUUUAAUUUGGAGAAUGGCUUAGAAAAAAAUGCAGAGAAAUAUUUUUGUCAAAACUUGGCAGCCAUUUGCAACUCAUUGCCGAUUACUAGCUGGUAGACAUAAUAGUGAACAAUGAACAUUCAACCAUAUUGUGGGUGAUUUUAGGUUUCUGAUUUAAGAUUUUUCAGGUUAAAUCUUCUACUGAAAUAAAGGACUUUUCAGCAUGUAGGGGGAGUGCAGUUAACUUGUUUAAGUUUAAUAUCCUUCGACUAAGAUAAAGGACGUUUUAGAAUCAAGGCAUUGAAGCAAGAGAUAAAUGGCUGAAUAUGACUUGUUCAGCAAGUAAACUGCGAAGUGGUUAACCUAAGCAUAUUGUUCCUGUGCGAUUGAUGAUCAUUGAAAACUUGAAAAUGGCCAAGUAAUGAGCAGCUGCUGCCUUUUGCCAAAAAACAACUUUAUUCUGACUUACUUACCCUUCUAAAAGUUAAUCUAGCAAUUCUUAGUAUGCUUU